AUGACAGCCACGGCCGCCGUGCCACUCUUCUCCUCACGAGCUUCUUCUUCGCUGCUCUCCACGUCUCUUCGAAUCCAGAUGCCAAACCUCUCCUAUCAUUCAAAGCGACGUUGGACGCGUCCAACAAGCUCACCACCUGGAACUCCACCUCCGUUGACCCGUGCACCUGGACCGGCGUCUCCUGCACCAACAACCGAGUCUCUUGACUCGUCCUCGAGAACCUCGACGUCCGCGGCUCCCUCCGUAACAUCUCUCUCUCGUCUCCACCGUUUCGAUCUGUCCUACAACAACCUAUCCGGCGAGAUUCCCGCAACGGUCAACCAUUUAAACCAUCUUCUCACUCUCCGGCUCGAGGAGAACCGGUUCUCCGGUUCGACUUCGGGUCUGACCCUGCCGAAUCUGCAGGACCUCAAUGUGUCUGCGAACCGUUUGACCGGCGAAAUACCCAAGUCCUUUUCGACUUUCCCUAUAACCGCUUUCGCUCAAAACCCGGGUCUAUGCGGGUCUCCGAUGCAGAGCUGCAAGGGUACAUCAAACGACCCGACCCGGCCUGGAUCCGACGGAGCCAUUGCGUCUCCUGUAAUGCCUGCUGCUAACCCAACCGUCGUAGCGUCGUCGCCGAGUUCGUUACCCGGGAACUCAGCGCCGAACAAAUCGGGAAAUCCUCACCGAAGUGGUAGCGCGAAAAUGAGUCCGGAGGCUCUAAUCGCCAUUAUAGUUGGCGACGCUUUGGUUCUCGUGCUGGUUUCGCUGCUACUGUACUGCUACUUCAGGGGGAAUUUCAGCGCCAAAAUGCGGCAGGGCAAGGGCGGCUCGAAGCUUCUAGAAACUGAGAAGAUCGUGUACUCGUCGAGCCCCUACUCCGCCGCCCAACCGGUGUUCGAGCGGGGACGGAUGGUGUUCUUCGAAGGAGUCAAGCGUUUCGAGCUCGAGGACCUGCUCAGGGCCUCGGCGGAGAUGCUGGGGAAAGGCGGGUUUGGGACGGCGUACAAGGCGGUUCUCGACGAUGGCAAUGUGUUGGCGGUUAAGAGGCUCAAGGAUGCUCAGAUUGGCGGGAAGACACAGUUCGAGCAGCACGUGGCGAUGCUGGGGCGGCUCAGCCAUCCCAACAUUGUGAGCUUGAGGGCUUAUUACUUCACCAGGGAGGAGAAAUUGUUGGUAUACGAUUACAGCCCAAUGGCAGCCUGUUCUAGGUUCUCCACGGUCAAACGGGGUCAAAAUUAG